AACAUUCAACAAACAUGGCAGAGAGUAAACUUAGAUAUCCGCUGGGCUCUCCUCAAGAGCAUAUUGAAAUGUGUAAAAGCCACGAUUUACCUAUUGAUAUGAUAUGUGAGGACUGUAAUGAAUUAAUUUGUGGUAAGUGUGCGAAAACAGAUCAUAGAGAUCACGACUGGAGCACUAUAUCCACGGCAGCCACUCAAAGGAGGAGAGGUCUGUCUAACUUUCUAAGAAAGAUUAAGGAAAAGGAUCUGUCUGGGAUUGAUGAGAAGAUAGAAAAGUUGUCAGAACAGAUCACAGAAAAUAAAGAGCUGUGUGACUCUGAGAUUAAAAAGCUUCAGGAGCAUUAUGAUGACAUAAUCAGCAGGCUGAUAGAAAUCAGGAAACAUACUGAACAAAGGUUGACAGACCAUUUGGAGGAAAAAAAUGAAAAAUUGAAAAGUAAGAAAUCUAAGAUGGACAAAAAGAAGAAAGAAAUUGAAAAAAUAGCUAAGUUUCUGGAGGAGAACAACAGCACCAUGUCAGAUUACGGCUUGAUUGAUAACCACAAGGAACUGACACAACUGCUGUCUAGCCUGGAUGUUGAUAUAAAGAACUGUAAACAUUCAGUGAGAUACAGUAAAGGAGAAAUCAGUGACGAGGUGAUGGAGAAUAUGAUUGGUAAAACUUGGGAUUUAGAUGAUAUCAGUUUGACUGAAGCAAGCUCAUUCAAAUAUGGAGAUGAAAUAAUAGUUUUAUUGAGGGCAUUUUGUGAAGAUCAGUGUUACAUAGGAGAUUUAAAGUCACUUUACAUCAUUGAACAAGUAAACAAAGAAGGGGAGAAAAAUCAUAGAUAUAAUAUCACUGCUAAUGACAUUUGUGUAACUGAUACUGGUGAUGUUUAUUUCUCUGACUUUAGUAACAAUUCUAUCAGUCGUCUGUCACCAUCAGGAUCUGUCUCUACAGUCAUCAGUAAAGAUCCACUGGCACCAAUAGGAAUCUGUCAGUCUGUGGACGGUGGACUACUGGUCACCCUGAUAGACAAUGAAUCAGAUGAUUACAAAUUAGAGUCACACAGCAGACGUCUGGUGAGACACAUCACAGUGACAGGUGAUGUCAUCCAUGAGUAUGAAUACCAGGAGGACGGUCAGACCAGACUGUUUAUGUAUCCAUUCAGAGUCACACAGAACAGUAACAGUGAUAUCUGUGUUGUGAACCGCACAAGUGACACUACAGGUGAACUAGUGAUUAUGUCUCCUUCUGGUUGUAUGAAGUCUGUCUACCGUGGACAAAACCUGACAGAUGACUUUUGGCCAGGUAAUGCAGUGUGUGACUCCCUCUGUAACAUCCUUGUCAAUGACAUGAACAAUAUACAGAUCCAUCUACUGAGUCCUGAUGGCAAAUUUUUGAAGUUCUUACUGACAGAGAAUGAAGGGAACUGUCCAACCAGAUUAUCGCUAUGCAAGUCUACACUGUGGAUGGGGUAUAAAGAAGGACUUGUCAAAGUGUUUCAGUACAGGGUGUAGAAUGUAUUACAAAUGAAUUGUGAUAAAAUAUGCAUUGUAAUAUUCCUUUGAAGUUACAUUGAAGUUAAAAGUCUGUAAUAUUUAUCUAUCUUUAUUGCAUACUUAGUGGUAAAUAGUUUGUUUGUUGUUUUUUUUUUUUUACAUUUAUGAUAUUCCUGACAUCACAAUGGCUAUAUUGGCUU